UUUUGUGUUCCCUUUCUUCCUUCCUCUCCCUCACACUCUCUAACCCUUCUUUCUCUUUCACUCACAUUAGCGAAAACAAAAACAAAAACAAACCCAAAAAAAAGAAAAAGAAAAAAAAAGACAACAACAAAAACAAAAACAAAAACCUCAGACACAGAAACAGAAACAGAAACAUUAGAUAGAACAACAUUAAUUCAUAAAAAAAAAAACCCCCAAGUGAGUUAUGGUUUGGAGUUUGGACCUUUGGUCCUCUUCUUCCAUCAUGUUGUUUUUCAAUGCAAACAAAUCCAUAUGAUCCUCUACAUGUAAUCCCACCAUAACUCUCCUAAACCCUACUUCUCGAUCUCUCUCUCUCUCUCACACCCACGAUUUUUUUACCAUGUCCUCCUCGUCUCCGAUCCCCAACAACCACCGAUCCUCUUCGCCGGAACCCAACCCCAAUUCCCAAAACGACACCGCCCCGACCCCACCUGUCCCCGUCAACCGUAGCAACCGCCCCUCCCGCGCGUGCACUAUCCGGGCCGCCGCGAGGCUCUACGCGGCCUCUGCUCCGGCGAGCAAGCCGAAGAAGAAGGACCAGCAAUUGCAGCAGCAGCAGCAGCAAUUGGAGGAGUCGCCGCAGAAGGAGCAAUGCAGCAAGAUCGUCACGCAGCUAGUGGAGCAGCCCCCGCCGGCUCAAUUGCCCCGGUGGACUCUCCGGUCCAUGUGGGAGCUGGCUUCUAUACUCAAUUUCUUGCAUGUGUUUAGGCCGCUUUUGAAUAUCUCGAUUGAGUUCUCGGCUGAGGAGUUCGAGACGGCUUUGAUUACUCCCAAUGAUACUUUGAGUGACAUACAUAUUCCUUUAUUGAAGGCAAUCCCUCCUGUUACGCGAAUGGCACUUACACGUGAUACCUGGGUCACUGUUUUAUGUAGAAAAUUGAGAGACUGGUGGCAUUGGGUUGCAGAUGGAGAUCUACCCAUUGUUGCUUCUCAUGGGUUGGAAGUUGAUCUAUACAAGACACUUGAUCCUGGGGUUCGCGUGGUCAUCUUGAAAGCACUCUGUGACAUUCGUGUUGAGCAAGAAGAUAUCCGGAACUAUAUUGACAACUCGCUUAAACAUGGUGUUCAACUUUCUGCAUUUCGUAAAGAACGUUCUGGGGGUGAUUCACAAGGAAUUUCUUACUGGUAUGAAGAUGAUCCUAUAAUUGGUCAUCGAUUGUAUCGGGAGAUAAGGAAAGUUGAGGUGAAGAAAGCGAAGACAAAGGGUUCCCAGGUUCUUCAUAGUGCAACAUACCUGUGGGAAACUGUGGCAACCAAUUUUGAUGAAUUUCAAGAUGUUUCUGAAAAGCUUUUCUCAAGUAAAAAUAGAACAGAGGCUUCACUAGGAAAAAAGUUGAAGAUAGACAUGCUUCCAGAGAUUGAGAAGGAUCAUAAGAGGAAAGAGAGGUUGCUGAAAAAGCAACACAGACAAGCUCUUCUUCUUGAUAAUUAUUUAAGUGUGGAUGGGCUUGCUCCAGGGCGCUCCCUUCGUGACAGAAAACCUGUCACCUAUACCUUUGACGACUAUGACCGGUCCAUUAAUGAGGCUAUCAAGAUAACCAAGCGAAAACAGCCAUCCCCUGAACCUCUACAUAGAAGAGAAUUUGGGAAACCUGAAGCUUCUGCAAAUGGUAAAUGGAGUGGUCCUUCACAUGCGCAACAUGACAAUUUCAGUGCACCAUCUCCCACGUCACCUGAUUUUGAUGAUGGUCAGGAAGAUAAUAAAACAGACCUGGAUCGAAGCAAUCGGCGGAGACAGAGACCUCAACGGUAUUCGGCAAAAGAUUUUGUUGAAGCAGUUUCAGAUAAUGAUGCUGACUACGAUAGCGAUGAUGAUAUAGUUGGGGAAGCUGUUUAUGAUGAGGAAUAUCUGAAGAAACGGAAAGAGAGGAGGAAGUUUUCAAGUAGCUCUGAAGGAGAUGAGGAGUAUCAUUGGGAUGACGAAAAUGCUGAAGAAGAGGAAGAGGAAGAAGAAGAAGAUGAUGAUUCCUUAAGUGCCAGUGAGGAUGAUAGUGAUGAGCCUCGGAAACUUAGAAAAUUGCCAGGCCGUACUAGGAGGGAAACAAAACUAAGGUCAGUUGAUGAGCUCCAGUCAGGUCUAAGACGCAGUAAGAGGGCCACCAGAAAUCGUAUUAAUUACCGACAGUAUGAGUUGUCAGAAUCCGAACCAGAGUCUAUGAAACCUGAGAAGUCAAUUGCAUCAGAUGCACACUCAGAUGCAAGUGAGAAUGGUGAGUAUUCAAUCGAAAGUCAGAAUUCUGAUGGCAACGAUAAUGACCAGGAAAUGAAAGUUGAUCAGCCUGUUGAAGAUUACACUGAGACGGUGGAGAAAGAGCAACAACAGCCACCAGAGAAACCAAAUAGUCCAGGUCAAGAUGAAAUUGAGGGUGUACGGAAAAGACGUUUUCUUGACCUAAAUGAGCUUGCUCCUGGUUCUGGUUUCGAUGAUGGCCUGAACACGGUAAUGAAAGAUGAAGAUACAGAUGACUUCUAAGGCUUCCCUAUGCUGGACAGCAAGGGGGUAUGUUUUCUCCCAGGGAAGCUGUGUACGAUAGUUAAGUUUAUAAAUUUUGUGAUAAGCCGACGGAGGAAGUUUACAGUCAGAGUUCUUCCAUGGUGUAUUUAAGCAGCUACUUUGGUGCAUGAUUUGCUACGGGGAGCAAUGUGAUGCUGAGAGUUAUGUAGAUUAGGUAGUCAUUUUUUAGUAUUUCUACAUUCAAAGAAACCUACGACAGAUGAAUCGGAAUUUGCUGGGAGUUCAUUAGUUCAUCCAAUCAAUGUACAAUAACCAUUAACUAAUAUUGUAACUGAAAAAUUUGGGCUAUUAGAUGUUCGAGCCUUGUAGUUUUAUCUCUCAUGUUCAUGACAAUGAUCUGCCUGUGAGCAUUUGGGUUGGUUGGGUCUGUUGAUAAAGCAAUCAGGUUAGAAACUGUUGUGUUUAUUGUAAUGGAACCAUCCUCCCUCAAAAGAUAACUAAUUUGUAUCUUUAUUUCA